AUGGUGUCGAUAAUAUCAUUGGUUGCAAGCUUGCAACCAUGGGUUCAUGCUAAACCAGAAGUACCUUGUUUCUUCAUCUUCGGAGACUCAUUAGCUGAUAAUGGCAAUAAUAAUGUUGGAAGUUUAGCAAAAUCCAAUUACCAACCAUAUGGCAUUGAUUUCCCUGAAGGACCUACUGGAAGAUUUUGCAACGGUCGAACUAUAUCAGAUAUCAUCGCUGAACAUUUAGGUUUUGAUGAUUUCAUUCCAUCAUUUGCACGUGCACUAGAUCGGGACAUCCUCAUGGGUGUAAAUUAUGCUUCUGGCGGAGCUGGUAUUCGCAAUGAAACUGGAAGGAAAUUGGGUUUUCGGGUCAGCAUGUAUAAGCAACUACUAAAUCAUCAAAUCGUAAUAUCACGCAUUGCCAUGCUACUAGGAAGCAAAGAAGCAGCUACAAAUCACCUAAGCAAGUGCAUAUAUUCAGUUGGAAUGGGCAAUAAUGAUUACAUUAACAAUUACUUUCAACCACAAUAUUACCCAACAAGUAGCCAAUAUACCGGAGAACAGUACGCCACAGUCCUAGUUCAACAAUACUCUAAACAAUUAAAGACUUUGUAUGAAUACGGAGCAAAUAAAAUAGCCAUCUUCGGACUUGGUCAAAUAGGUUGCACUCCAGCUGAAAUAGCUGUAUAUGGCACAAAUGGAUUUGCAUGUGUGGACAAGAUUAACAGUGCUGUUGAAAUUUUCAAUGUCAAGCUGAAGUCACUUGUUGAUGAUCUCAACAAAGAAUUGGCUGGUGUGAAAUUUAUCUAUAUAAAUAUUACUUCAAUUACAUCAGGGAAGGCAUUUCCUGGCCUUACGGUUCUAAAUGUUCCAUGUUGCAACGUAUCAUCAAUUACGCGACUAUGUGUUUCCAAUAAAGCUCCAUGUAGCAAUAGAAGCACGUACGCAUUUUGGGAUGCGUAUCAUCCAACAGAGAUUGUAAAUGUGUUUGUGGCUGGAAGAGCAUACAAUGCUCAAACUGCAUUUGAUGCUUCUCCAAUUGAUAUUCGUAGUUUGGCUCAGCUCUAA